CCAAUCAGAUUGCAUGCUUACUCACUUCACCGACCAAUACCCCACCGUAUGAUUGCAUCUUUCGGCAUUGAAUUCCUCGUACGAGCUCAAAUUUCUCGGUUCAAAAGGCUACCUCUCUCGGACAUACUGUGCUCGUAUAGCUGUAAGCUUUAACUUUUGUUCCGACCCUUCGGAGUAGUGUUGGACAAUUGUAGAGCAAAGAAGCCCCGGCCCCGCCACCUUUAAUUGUUUUUCCCCCAUAAUUACCCUUCUCCCUCGUCACCAACUCCACGCUUUCCACUCCACCCGUUUCCUUCCACUUCAUCUUCAUUCUUACAUCCUUGCCACUAUGUCUUUCUCUUCACUCGUCUCAGAUAUUGCCAGCCGGAGCGCAGACCGAGAGGAAAUGCGCUCGCAGAUGUCGAGGACACGUUCGUACGCUAGCACAGCUGCCACCAGCGUGAGCAUCUCGGGCGAAGUCUCAAGCCAACUACACGGGGGCUACAGCCAUCCGCUUGCUCGCUCGUGGCAAGCCGAGCGUCAAUUAACAAAAUCCAUGCUCAUCUUCCCUCUCUUUAUAUCGGACCAACCCGACGAGGAGACUCUUAUCCCUUCCCUACCGAACCAAUACCGCCGUGGCUUGAACAAAGUCGUGCCCUAUCUGAGACCGCUUGUCGAGAAGGGCUUGAGAUCGGUCAUCUUGUUCGGUGUACCUGUAGCCCCGGGCGCAAAGGAUGCCCUGGGAACCAAUGCAGAUGACCCCAAGGGUCCGGUCAUGAAAGCCAUUCGACUCCUUCGACGCACCUUCCCCGAACUUUUCAUUGUCGCCGACGUCUGCCUUUGCGAAUACACAUCACACGGUCACUGCGGUAUCCUGCGAGAUGACGGUAGUCUAAACAACGCAUUGUCAGUAGAGCGCAUCAGCGACGUGGCCAUCUCGUAUGCGACGGCAGGUGCCCACUGUGUAGCCCCCUCAGACAUGAACGAUGGUCGGAUACGAGCUAUCAAGCUUAAACUUAUCGAAGCUGGCAUCGCCCACCAGGUGGUGCUCAUGUCUUACUCCGCUAAGUUCUCUGGGUGUCUAUACGGCCCCUUCCGCGACGCAGCUGGCUCAUGCCCCUCAUUCGGCGACCGCAGAUGUUACCAGCUUCCCCCUGGAGGACGGGGCCUUGCACGAAGAGCGAUAGUACGCGAUAUCAAUGAGGGUGCGGAUAUAAUCAUGGUGAAGCCAGCCAGCCAGUAUCUCGACAUUAUCAGUGAUGCCAAAGAGAUUGGCAAAGACUUACCAGUUGCCGCAUACCAGGUUUCUGGCGAGUAUGCUAUGAUCCACGCCGCAGCGAAGGCUGGUGUGUUUGAUCUCAGAACAAUGGCGGAAGAAGCGACCCAAGGAAUCUUGCGCGCAGGUGCUUCCAUUGUUGUCAGCUACUUCACACCAGAGUUUCUCGACUGGCUCAGCACCUAAGGAAGAGUCUACAACUUACACAUUCGCAGCGGCAAAACCGCGGAAAUGCGAUCCUCAAUACAUGUUUCGGCGUUCAAUAUCCAGCAAAAGGGUUUCAUCAAUGACAUUUUUACAAGAGUUUUUCAAAUCAUUUGUUUCAAGAGUUCUUUUGUGAUGCUUGCAAGUAUUGUCUACCCAUGCAGCUACAUUCAUCCGUAUGCUUUCAGUUGCCGUCUGACAUUGAUAUCUUAUCGCGCAAAUCGCCAGCUCCAUGAGAAUACGAUGCCUAAGAUGUUUAUCCUUCAUGGUCUUUGAAACGUGCGCUCGCCACAGCAGAAGACGACGAUCAAUGUAC